AUGGAGUUGCGGCUGGGGGGCUACACGGCAGCGGCGGCUGCGGUCCUGCUCCUCGUGCUGCCGGGCGCCCAGGGCCAGCACAGCACUCCCGGUCCUAAGUGUGACUGUGCCUACAAUUUCCAGAAGAGGAACGGUCUGUUCUGUUGCAAGGGCUGCCCAGCAGGGCACUACCUGAAGGCCCCCUGCCCAAAGCCUUGCGGAACCGCCACCUGCCUUCCGUGCCCCCGGGGCACCUUCCUGGCCAGGGAGAACCAUCAUGAGACCCGCUGUACUCGCUGCCAGGCCUGUGAUGAGGAGGUCUCCCAAGUGGCCCUGACGAACUGCUCAACGGUGGCGGACACCCACUGUGGCUGUGAGCCAGGCUGGUUCCCAGAGUGCUUGGUCAAGUCCUGCAAGAUCGGCUCGCCCUUCCGCUGCCACCCAUGCUCAGACUGCAGGGCCCUGCACCGCCACACACGGGUGCCCUGUUCUGCCAGAGAUACCGACUGUGGGACCUGCCUGCCUGGCUUCUAUGAAUAUGGCAACAGCUGCAUGCCCUGCCCCACAAGCACCCUCGGGAGCUGUCCUGAGCCCUGUGUGACUAUCUGUGGCUGGAGGCAGAUAUUCUGGGUCCAGGUGCUCCUGGCUGGCCUGGUGGUCCCACUCCUGCUUGGUGCUGUGCUGACCUACACUUACCAUCGCUGCCAGACUUGCAAGCCCAAGGUUGCUGAUGAAGCUGGGAUGGAGGCCCUGACUCCCCGACAGGCCACCCACCUCUCACCCAAGGACAGCACCCACACCCUUCUAGCGCCACUCAGCAACAGUGAGAAGGUCCACACCGUCCAGUUGGUAGGCAGCGGCUGGACCCCUGGCUCCCCCCAGACCCAGGAGGUGCCCAGCCCGGAGGUGACAUGGUCCUGGGACCGGCGGCACAGCAGAGCUCUUGGCCCGCCGCCGCCGCUUUCGCCAGCGCCCCCUGCAGGCUCGGCGGCCGCCACGCUCCAGCCCGGCCCGCAGCUCUACGACGUGAUGGACGCGGUGCCGGCGCGGCGCUGGAAGGAAUUCGUGCGCACCCUGGGGCUGCGCGAGGCGGAGAUCGAGGCCGUGGAGGUGGAGGUCGGCCGCUUCCGCGACCAGCAGUACGAGAUGCUCAAGCGCUGGCGUCAGCAGCAGCCCGCGGGCCUGGGCGCAGUCUACGCGGCGCUGGAGCGCAUGGGGCUGGACGGCUGCGCCGAGGACCUGCGCAGCCGCCUGCAGCGCGGCCCGUGA